GUAUUUAAUACCAAAAUGAGUGCGAUCAAAGCGUGACAUGUUUUCGAAACGACCGGAUAGAUAAAAUGGGAUUAUGGCGAAUACGAGCCAAAAUGAGAAUGGUGAUAUAUUUAUAGAUUCUUUAUCAUUAGAGGAUAUAUUAGUAGCUUUUAAUAAUGCUGUCAAUGAGGAACAGGCUUGGUCAGUGUGUUACCAAUGUGCACAAUUUUUUCAAAACUUCGAAAGUCAAUCUCUGGAUGAUUGUCGUUUCAAGUAUCACGAAUUGUAUAAAUAUGGAAAACGUGCUUUAAAAUUCAAUAAGGAUGGUGCUGUGCUCAUAGAAUAUUCAGAGAUUAGUCGAGGCACUGGAAAGGGUCCUCCAGGAAAGUUAAAAAGGAAGAAUUCAGUAACAGGAAAAGAUAUUAAAAUAGUCACAGAAAACGAUGCAAUACAAGCCCUUGGUCUAGUUAUAUACCAAGCAUUAGACUUUGGACUUGGGGACAAUGAGGAGCGCCAUCUGGGAAGAGAUUUGGAACAUCUCUUGGAGUUAAUGAUAAAUCCUGAUGAAGAGGAUGAAACAUUUAAUGCAGAUGAUGAAGGAAUAGAGAAAGAUGCUAAAGAAGGGUGUACAUUUCAGGAAAUCACAGUGUUGUGUGUAAGACAUCUAACCAGCAACCAAGAUGCAGGUUACCAUUAUAAAGCUGUGUGUAGAGCACUGGCAGCUGAGGCAGCAGAGCUUCUACUGUUUCUGGACAAAGUUACCAGGGAAAAUAAAAGGUUAGUAGAGACACAGCUUGAUAAGGAUCUCCAGCAGCUCGACAAUUUACAGAGAGCAGAUUGGGCCAGACUAUGGGUGCAGAUGAUGAGGGAAUUAAGACAGGGUGUCAGGUUAAAGAAAGUAGAACAUAUCCACUUGCAACCAGUAGAGUUUGAACUGACUCCAUUUGAGAUACUUAUGGAGGACAUUCGAACCAGGAGAUAUACACUCAAUAAAGUUCAGGUAAAUGGUGAUAUACCAAAUACAGUCAAGAGUGAUGCCCAUGCCGUCAUGUUAGAUUUCAUCAGGUCAAGGCCACCAUUACAACCAGCUAAAGAUAGAGUACUGAAAUCACCACCAAAGAGAGAGCUUUCGGUUAGGGAACAAUUGUUACUCCAUAUAAGAUCUCAACCACCUAAAUUGAAAUCCGUUAGUGAGGGCCAACAUAUGGUUGAGACAUCCAGAACCAAGUUGGAUAACAACAAUGAGAAAGAGAAUCCUCAACCAGUUAGGAAAGUCAUCAAACCAGAUUUUAAUCUGCUGCUUGAUAGCUUUGAGGAUGAUGAAGAUGAUGAUAGUGGCACAUUGAGUCCUAAAUCAAGAAGAUCUAGUGUCGCAACACCUUCUCCAGAACAAGAGGUUCCUCAAUGGAGGAGAACUGUUGUAAGAGAUGUAGUUACCCAGGAAAGACACAACAUCCUGAAGAGACGUAAUACAAUAACAGUAUGUGAAUCUCCCCAGGUAUCCCCUAUUUCUCCUGUUGAGAAUGAGGCUUCGUUAAAGCAUCGUGAGCAUGAAUCAAAAGUUAAACGGAGUGGUCCUGUUUCUAAGUCUAAUGCAUGUCCAAGUGAUUUACGCAAACGUUUGAAUGACAAAUUGCAUGGGUGUUCUAGUGUUUCUCGGUUACAUACUCGUCGCAUGCAUGGUUCAAUAUCUGAAGUACCGUCCGAAUCUGAUAACAGUGAAUCUGUUGUCGAUGAACGAAAGACAGUGAAAAGUGAAUCUCAGACAAUGGUUAGGAGAGCAUCAUCAUCACUUAGUAGGAUGUCCUCUUCUACACUGAACAAAGUUAAUUCCGAUGACAAAUCAAGAGUCAGACGAUCAAGUAGUAGAACAAUGAGCACAAACGAUUCUGAUGCUGCAAGACAAAAUAGUAAAAGUGUAAUAAGAGUUCAAAGAAAAAUUUCAAAUAGCGAAGAAAAUUCUUCCGUACAAACUAAUGAGAGUAAAAUUAGAGUGCGGAGAAAAAUAUCAGACUCUGGUAAAGAAUCAGUGCAGGUCGUGAAAAAUGUUAGUGUUCAAAGAAAACUGUCAAGCAGUUCUGAAAUUUCUCCAUCACAGGCCGCUGAACAAAAAAGAAGAACACAAAAACUUUUAGACAGAGAUGAAAAUUCAAAGCAAAGAACUGAAAAUACUGAAACUAGGAAAACUCAAUUAUCAGACAGAAGUGAGAAAAAUAACACUGUGCAAAGAGCAACUUCUUAUAGAAUUAGAAGACCAGUUUCUUUUGAAUUGUCUGAAGAUAACGAUAGCAAUCAGUCUUUGGAAUAUAAGUCAUCACAACCUCAUUCACCAAAAAUAAUAAUUCCGAAACGUUCGUCAUCACCCAUAUCACAUUCAUCACCAUUAUCACCAAUUUCACCAACAAAAACGCAUGUUUCUAUGUGUUUUGCUGGGUUAACUGAUAUGUCGUCUUCCCCUAUUAAAAUGCAUGUUUCUCCAAGUUCGAAAAAGCAGCAUGAAAACGCAUGUAUGAAUGACUCUGAAGAUACUGAAAUUUCAUUAGGACGAUCGCUUCCCAGUCGUAGAAUUCUAGUAUCAAGAAGGAGUUCUAUGCCUGUCAGUAAAUCUUGUAAUGAUCUUGAUGAGACAGAAUCUCCACAACCUGCUGAUUUACACAGAACACAAAGUGUGCUGGAAAUUGAACCUGAAAAACCAAGACCAAAACCUCGACCACGACUUUCCAUAAAGAGGAAUAGUCUUUCUCCAGGAGAUACAAUAACCGACAUUUCUCCUUCAGUGCCAAAAAUUGAAUCUCCGGCAGAAACAACACCAAAGGAGGAAUCUGCUGUUAAUCCACCAAAACCAGUGCCAAGACCCAGAACAAAACUAGUGCAAAGGUCACAGAGUCAGAGAACUUCUGUCAGACAUUCAUUAGACUUAACACAAUUACGUGCAAUAAAUACACCUGACUUCUCCAUUUUAGAAAAUGGAACAGUCCAGGAAGAAACAGAGAAUAAGCCAUCUUCUCCUCGGAGGAGUUACAGGUCAGAAACACCAGAUCCAUCAAUGUUAAGAGGUGAAACAUCUCCAAGGUUAUCUGAAUUAAAUGUAAAUGAACUUUUAAAUGUAAGUGCUCCGAGUGUUCAGGAGAAAGAUACUAACAACAGUAGUUGCGCACCUCCUUGCCAAGACUCUAGCUCUGAAUCUAAGUGGCAGCAUCCUAUAGAGUGUCUGUCAUUAACAUUGGAAGAAGUCAUGCAUAUCAGAACAGUGCUAACAAAGGCAGAGCUUGAAUCAUUGAUAAACCAACCAGAAUUCUACACUAUGAUAUCAAAAGGAAAGGUGUGCUUUACCUGUAAAGAAGUGAAGUUCUCCAUUUUAGGUCAGUGGGGGAACAGGUGUAAAAUCUGUAAAAGAAACGUGUGUAACAACUGUCUUCGAAAGAUGAACAUUCCUACAGAACAUUUCCAUAAUAUACCUGUACAUACACUUAGUCCUAUACCUCUUGGUCAAGAAGCUUUAGAUAUACUCAAGGUCUAUGAAAGUACUGGAUCAGUUCCUCAUUCUCCACUUACACAGAAAAAACUUUUACGUGAGAUAGAAAACAAAUCCCCGAAGAAAUCUCUUCAGAGAUCUCAAACAUUUAAUUCUUCUCCGAACUUAGCAAGUCCAUUACCGAACAAAAAUUUACUGAAAGGACCUCAAAUGAAUGUGUGUUGUGAAUGUAAAAAGAUGAUCAUGGAUAUAAUACGGACAAGUCGGACUUCUAUAGCUCUGAUAAAUAAAAGAAAAACAGUUCAAUCAACUACAACUAGCAACGAAGAAAAGAGGCCGUCUUCUUUAUCAGCAUCUUCACUGUCUCUUAGUGUCAAAAACUUCUUCACACAGAAAUAAUACAUAUACAAUUGUACAUGUGUAGACUGUGUAUUUUAUGUGUUAUUUUAAUUUCAAAUACUACUUAAAUUGUUUCAAUCAAAAGUUUCUGUUCUAGAUCAAAGCAUUUAUAUUAUAUACUUGAAAUAAUUUCAUUUUAUUUUUAAAAAGUUAUAUUUAUUAAUCUUGUUAAAAGUU